ACUAUUUACUUUCUAAAGUGUGAAACAUUGAAUUAACUUUACUCCUCUCAUUUUCAUCAGCAAUGAAGUGGUUAUCGUUGUUCUUCGUUUUUGGUCUGCUCGCCUUGAUCGGCAGCAUGGGUUCGUUAGCCGCUGCCGAGCCACAUCCUGAGCCUCGUGGACGUCCGGCCACUACCUCACGUCGUCCGCCCACUACAGAUACCAAUGAAGCCGGUGAACGACGCUAGCUGCCGGAGGAUGUGGAUGAUGAUGAGAGUGCAGCUCGAUCGGAGUAUUUCGAUCGAAAGGAGCCCUAUAAACCUAAACCGAUGAAGUGUGCAACGCCAUUGAAAAGGGGGCGUCGUAAAAUAGUUGUACAAUGUUAUGGUGAUGAAAAGUUGCAAUAUGUUGAAAUUGUUUUUGUUUAAAUAAAAAAAAAAAAAAAUUAAAUAUGUUUUGUGAUUUUUUCAUAACUGCUAAUCAAAAAUCGAAAGCGUUUUUUAUUAAUUAAUGUGUUUUUUAAAUACAUGUGUAUGUGUGAAUAUUUAUUUGCACUAAAUAACAAAAGUUAAUAAGCAGCAUGGAGAAAAGUUGAAAAAACUUAACCAAUUUUAAGUUUUCAUUUAGUUUUCGAGAUAAGAAUCUUUGUAUUUUUUAAAAAAGUAAUAAGUUCUGUAAGCACAUUAUAAAUAUGGGAAAAAUUCUGGGAAUAAAUCUGAAAUGUACACCAAUUUUUAUUCUUUUUUCCAUUUUAACAACAUUUUUUGCCGAAAUUUCAA